GGAGUGGCUCCGCGUCUGUGACCCAGUUGUUUUGUGACGUAGGGUGGACGAGUCCAAAACUACUAGAAAAAGUUUUUCACGAAGUGUCCAAGCUGUACAGAAUGGCAGAUGCACACCUCCCACCUCGCUCUUGUGACACCUUUGUGGCUCUUCCUCCUGCAACAGUUGGAGAACGGAUUAUUUUUGGAAAGAAUUCAGACAGGCCAUGUGAUGAAGUUCAAGAGGUAGUUUACUUUCCUUCUGCAAGCCAUGAACCAGGAGCCAAGAUUGAGUGCACCUAUAUAGAGAUAGAGCAGGUGUCACGCACUCAUGCUGUUGUACUGAGUCGACCUGCCUGGCUCUGGGGUGCAGAAAUGGGGGCCAACGAGCACGGAGUCUGCAUAGGCAAUGAAGCUGUGUGGGGAAGGGAAGAGGCCACUGACUCCGAGGCGCUGCUUGGCAUGGAUCUUGUCAGACUUGGUCUUGAAAGAGCUGACACUGCCGAGAAGGCACUAGAAGUCAUCACAGAGCUUCUUGAAAGACAUGGACAAGGAGGAAACUGCAUGGAAGACGAAUGCAUCUUUACUUACCACAACAGCUUUUUAAUUGCUGACCGGAAAGAGGCCUGGAUUCUAGAAACAUCUGGGAAGUACUGGGCAGCAGAAAAAAUAGAAGAUGGAUUUCGCAACAUUUCAAACCAGUACUCCAUAACAACUAAAAUCGACCGAGAACACCCAGCUAUGCGGGACUAUGCUAAAAGCAAAGGCUGGUGGGAUUGUAAGAGAGAAUUCAACUUUGCUGUUAUCUAUUCAUACUUGAAUACAGCAAGAAUCGAUGCAUCUGGCAGCAGAUACUGUAGAGGUCGCAAACUUUUAGAGACAAGUAACGGAAACAUAACCGUUGAAACUAUGAUGGACAUUCUUAGAGACAAAGAAAGUGGCAUAAAUAUGGAAGGUGGAUUUCUGACAACUGGAAGCAUGGCCUCUGUUCUACCCAAGGAUCCCCAGCUGCCGUGUGUUCAUUACUUCACAGGGACACCUGAUCCUGCAAGGUCUGUUUUCAAACCAUUCAUCUUUGUGCCAAACAUUCAACAGCUGAAGAAAACAUGCUCCCCUGCUUAUGGACCAGAAGAUCCAGUCAAGAAAAAGCCACGCUUUCAGUCAAAGCCAGAUCGCAAGCAUGAAUUGUACAAGAAACACGAAGUGGCAGCUGCAAUUAUAGAGUCAACUAAAGAAAGAGGUGAGAAUAUGCUGAAGAAGAUGAGAACAUUGGAGAAAGAGAAAAUUGCAGAAAUGGAGGAGAUUGCACAGAGCAGUUUGAGAGAUUCUACAUUAGUAGUCAAUCUUUUUGCUGAAGCCAUAGAGAAAGAAUUGAAAGCUUAUAGCUAAAUUGAUAAAGCACUUUUAACAGAACAUAGUUUAAAAAGAUACAAAUAAAUACUGAUAUACAGCAGUAUUGUUUAUGUAAAAUGUUAAGAGAGACCAAUUUUUCAAAGAAACUGCUCAACUAAAUUAUUUCUUGCUACCAUUACAGAUGUUUUAUUUUGUUUGGAAGCUGCCUUUGCAAGGGCUUCAGAACAAGACGCUUUGGCUGGUAGAAAACUAACAAGAACCAGCUUUGUUGCAGGAAGGAAUAGUUAAAUUAUGUUCUUAUUUAAAUUAUGUUCUUAGUUUUUUUAAAUCCUCAGUAUUUAAAGUAUUUGCAUCAGAUCAGGGCCUUUAUUUGAAUGCCAUUUACUGAAAUUGAUUUUUAGCAAAUCUUUUGUGGAUGCUUUAGCAAUUCUUUGUAUUAACAAUUUGAUUUGUAUGUACAACCCAGAUACUCAGUAUCACACAUUUCACCAUUUAAAAUCUGUUUUAUGAGAACACAAUAUGCAUUGUGCUUUGUGCAUUUCCCCAAUAUGCAGUCAAUUAUAUUUAUAUGCAUUAUAGAUUUGUAUUUGUGCUUACAAUUACAGUACCUGUGAUCAGAACAUACCAAAAAAUGUACUUUAACAACGAACCAUUGGUAAACACAGAAAAUACUAGUCUUCUAAUGUAUUAACUUUUACAAUUAUUUUUCUGACUGUUUUUCACUUAUUAAUUUCAAAAUAAAUUAGAAGUAUUCAUUUUUUUCUUAAAAAAUGCAUAUAAAUAACAGAAGAAUUCACUGCAGAAUACUUUUUAUUUUUUAAAUAAAAUCAUUUAGAAUUGAAACAACAUGCAGGGUACAGAUAUCUGGGGUUUAGCAGAUAACAGAAGGUUACUUGCAAGCAAAAUUAAACAUUCUGAUAUUUUUGACAUGAGUUAUUUGAAUACUGGAAAAAUAAUACAAAUACAACAGCAUAAUGUGGUUCUGUCAGUCAUUCAGUUUGUGAAAAGCAUACAACUUUCACCCUUUAACUAAAGAGAUACUUGUUAAUCUGGAAGCAGGUCAUACAUCGAAGUGACUUGCUGCCAGUAUAACCUCGCAACAGUUUUGUCUCUUCUAUUUAUUAAUUUAUUUUUAAAAACAGCAGUUCAUCUGCAUGUGUGUGGAAGAGAUGCAUUGGCUACCUGUUUUUUUUUUUUUUAUUAUUAUCUUUUUUUAAAAAUAAUUUUUAAAAAUACUAAAAUAUUACCACUACACCCUUGGUACUGAAUUAUGCAAACAUAAAAGUACAAAUUGAUGGUUUGUUUAAAAUGUUUUCAGACCUACUACCUACCAGAUAAUACAGAAGAUUAACGCUAUAACUAGAACUGCUCAUUUAUAAUAAAAAAACUAUUUUAUAUAGCGCCUUUAAAAACAAAACAGAAUAAAAAGUCAAAAAAUGACUUCUAUAGAAACAUAAGUCGUUAAGCUAGAUUUAACAGCAUUAAGAGUGGCAGAAUCCCUGAUCUCUUUAGGAAUGGUGUUCCAAAGUUUAGGGCCAUAACAAAAACCUGUCGCCCCUUAGAACAUAGGUGAACAGAGAGAACACAUAGCAAUCCAAGAUCAGUUGAGCAAAGGUUGCUUGAAGGGGUGUAGACUGAUAAGAGAUCAGGUAAAUACUGUGGAACCAAACCAUGUAAAGCCUUAAAAGUAAGAAGUACAAUUUUAAAAUCAUCACGAAACCCGACAGGCAACCAAUACAGGGACUCCAGAACAGGAGUGAUGAUCCCUUGCAUGUGGCCUUGGCAGAAGCUGCAGAGUUCUGAACAUGUUGUAAUUUGGACAGUGUGCUUCUGGAGACGCCUGCAAGCAGAGCGUACAAUAACACUGUGUAACAAGUUAUUUUUUUUUUGUUCCUGGGUAGUAUAGUAAGCAGAGAGUACAAUAACACUG